CACCUGCUGCUCUCUCCUUUGCAUAGGUUUAAGCGGAGCCCUGGUUAGCUCCUUGGACUCUUGUGAACAUCAGCAAGUAUAUUCUGGGAGGUAAGAGGCAAGGACUGUCAUGCUAAUUUUUACCUCCAUAGAAGCAAACUAGCCUUCACCUCACAGACUCACAACAUUGGAGGAAACUUCCCCAAGCAGCCGGGAAGCUAGCAAAGAGAGUCUACCCCGCUUCUCUGCUGGGCGAGGCUGGAUGGUCCCCACCCCUGAAGAUGAUUUCAUGGAGGAAGCUCUGUUGGCGUUAUCAUGUGUGGACCCUGGGAUGCUACAUGCUGCUGGCCGUCAUUGCCCUGAAGCUGUCCCUCAGACUGAGGUGUCUGGACUCUGAGGAAUAUCAAAGCCAGUACUGCAGGGAUUUCCUGUACAAGACCCUGAAGCUGCCAGCAAAGAGGUCCAUCAACUGUUCAGGGGUCACUCGAGGGGAGCAGACAGCGGUGAUCCAGGCUCUGCUGAAUAACCUGGAGAUUAAGAGGAAACGGCAGCCCUUCACAGAGGCCGACUACCUUAGCAUGACGGCUGACUGUGAGCACUUCAAAAUCCAGAGGAAGUUCAUACAGUUCCCACUGAGCAAAGAAGAGGCCGACUUCCCCAUUGCGUACUCCAUGGUGGUUCAUGAGAAGAUCGAGAACUUUGAAAGGCUGCUGCGAGCUGUGUACACCCCUCAGAACAUAUACUGUGUUCAUGUGGACCAGAAGUCUCCAGAAAUCUUCAAGCAGGCAGUCAGGGCCAUUGCCUCAUGCUUCCCGAAUGUCUUCUUAGCUAGUAAGUUGGUAUCAGUGGUGUAUGCUUCCUGGUCCAGGGUGCAGGCUGACCUGAACUGCAUGGAAGACUUGAUCCAGAGCCCCGUGCCAUGGAAAUACCUCCUGAACACCUGCGGGACAGACUUUCCCAUCAAGACCAAUGCUGAGAUGGUCCAGGCCCUCAAGCUAUUGAAUGGGCAGAACAGUAUGGAGUCAGAGGUACCGCCUGCACACAAAACAUCCCGCUGGAAAUAUCACUAUGAGGUGAGAGGCGCAUUGUACAUAACCGGCAAGAGGAAGACCCCUCCCCCAAAUAACAUGACCAUGUUCACUGGGAACGCCUACAUGGUGGCCUCUCGGGACUUCAUUGAACAUGUAUUAAGCGACUCCAAAGCCCAACAACUGAUCGAAUGGGUAAAAGACACCUAUAGUCCUGAUGAGCACCUUUGGGCCACCCUCCAGCGUGCCUCAUGGAUGCCUGGAUCAGCUCCCUUGCACCCCAAGUUUGACCUCUCAGACAUGAGAUCUAUUGCGAGGCUAACCAAGUGGCAGGACCACGAGGGAGACAUCGAGGCCGGGGCGCCUUACGCACCGUGCUCAGGGAUGCACCAGCGGGCUAUCUGUAUUUAUGGGUCUGGAGACCUGCACUGGAUACUUCAGAACCACCACCUCUUGGCCAACAAGUUUGACCCAAAGGUGGAUGAUAAUGUUCUUCAGUGUCUAGAAGAAUAUUUACGUUACAAGGCCAUCUACGGGACUGAACUGUGAGACACCCUGGAAGACAAUUGCUACCUGUGUGGCAGGGAGAUGCCAGGACCUACUGGGGCAAUGCGGGGUGGGCAUCCGGGGAUCUGUCUUUUAGGAUGCGGGGGCUGCUAUUGAAGAGUGGGUGAGUAGAUCCCUACCCCUUGUGAGCUGCUGCUGGUGAAUGUGGCUAGUCUCUGGUUCUUAACCCAGCAGCCCCUCUUUGGCACCCUCACAGGGUAAGAACAAGAAAUACUGUUAUUUGGGAGAAUAGGGAGGGGACAUGUGACUCUAGAUUCUGGCUGAAGGCUUCCUGUCAGGUUCUCCCAGAGACUCUGUUUAAAUACCCCUGGGACUGGUCACAAGAGGGGAACUUUAGUGGAAAAAGGCCUUCCUUUUUGUAUAGUUAAUUUAAAAUAAAUAGCUUCCAAACCAAAGUCCUACCCCUACAGUGUUGUCUAUGGGCCCAGAAGUAAUCUACACAGAUGAACUGUAUAAGGUUUGUAUGUUGGACAGUUAGUCUCUAGUGCUGGCAAGAAAAUCUCCAGGCAAGCUGUGUAGAUGGCAAACUGAAUUACAGAGCUAAUGCUCUCAUUACUGAAAGCCUUCCUAGUUUUGUUUACCUUGGUAGAUUCUGAGUUUUCCACAAGGGGAAGGGACAGAGUGAUUUAACUAGUUUGCUGAGUAUGUGCUUAGGAGAAAAGUAUGGAAGCUUCCUGGCCAAAGCUUCCGAUCCUGUACCAGCAACCGUUUCACUGGACUCAUUUUGGUAGGGGUGGAGGCAGCACUGCUAAUAAUUAGGCUGGGGAGUGAAAGUAAACUCUGUAUUGCUAACCCAAGAUGCCUGAGACUUCUGUGUUUAAACCUCUUGAAUCAAAGCUUCAUUUCAUUAUGUGAUAUCAGGCUCACUAUUUGUGACUCUGUAGAUGGUACAUUUCCCUGUGGGGACACAUUAAUGUGUGUAAAUGUGUAUGUAUAAAUGCUAAAAUAUGCAAAUUUACAGGCACACAUUCCCCAUUGAAAUUGCUUCCCCUCUGAAGACCCAGAGCUAGUUGUUGGCCAGUAUGCAUUCUAUUCUGUAAUGAGCAAGGGGCAUAAAAACUAUAGGCAGAACCUUUGAAUAUGGCUCAGCAGACUGUGUAAACCUCCCAGAAGAAGGAUUUAUGUACAGAUUAACUUUGUGUAAUUUGAAUGAAGCUUCCAUCAACAUGUUUUAAUUUUAACAUGUUUCAUUUCAAGUCUUGGUCCAUUUAAGGCUUUCUCUCUACAGUCAACUUUUACUUUAGCCUAUAUCCCUUUAACGGUUAGUGUGUGAUUGAAAUUUCUUUUUUUCCCCUUUGGUUUCAAUACAGGGUUUCUCUGUAUAGCUCAGCUGUCCUGGAACUCACUCUGUAGACCAGGCUGGCUUCAAACUCACAGAGAUCCACCUGCCUCUGCCUCCCCAGUGCUGAAAUUAAAGGGGCGCACCACCAUGCCCCAUGAAAUUUCUAUUUCAAAGUGAGCAACUUCUUUUCUUCCUCCUCCUCCUCUUCUUCUUCAGAUUGGCCUCCCUGAACCUGAAUAAUGGGCAUUAUUGUCACCACAAACUUACCCAAUGCUGCAAUAUUUAGCAGCAUUAGCUAAAUGCUCUUUAGCUCUUGCCCCCAGUCUUACCUCAGAGGUGACUGUGUCAUGCCUGUUGCCAACAGCAGUAACUGUUCCUGGCCCUUCCCUGAGGAGGAAGAGGGGCUGCUGCCCCAUGGUAUGUAUGUAGAAACACCUCCACAAGAUUCAUAUUCUGAGAAAAGAAGCUGGGUCCUUGGCUUCAUGGUCAAGUUUCCCUAAAAGCUUUCACAUGAACUGAGCUUUAGUCUUUCACAGAAAUAUAUUCAAGCUAUUAGUCUGUAUACCUGUGAUUUUUUUUUUUUUUUUUUUUUUGGAAACACAUAUCUAGAAUUUUCCAAACAUUACAAUUUUCUCUAGAAAACAAGUCAGGUGGAUAAAAGUGGUUUAUUUGUUUGAAUAGCACGAGGCCACCAAAUCAGAAGGCUCAAACUUCACCUUGUUUGUUUAGUGUACUUUCAAGGUCACAUGGGUAAGCCAGCACAUCUGUUGAUUUUUCCUUCUUGAGUCUUAUCUGUUUCUUUAGCCUUUCUCUGGAAAGAAGAAGCCUCAUAAAUGAAUUCAGCUGUUAUGUUUACAUCACCUUCCAAGGCUUAAGUUUCCUCCUCAUUUUGAUGUGUGGCCAUCAUUGAGUUGUAUUGUAAUAACUGUGUUUUUGUUGCAUGUGCUGUUCAUUCUAUUUGUUAUUGGUUUAGUGAAAGUUUAUUAGAGAAGAAAAAGCAGUUGCUAACUUUGGGACAUAUAAUUUAGUUGGAGAAGUUAUUUAAGCCGUUUAAAAAUGGAGAGACUAAUACUUUGCCUGCCUUAAAGUUCCUUCCCUGACCAACCAGAGAUCUACCCUCAUGUAUUCUGCUUGGUCAUUAUUGCAAAGGUAGACUCAGUUAUGAAACUGAAAAGCUUCAGCAAAGGACACUGUUAUCAGAACAAAACACAGCCUACAGAUGGGGAAAGGAUCUUCACCAAUAUCUGACAGAGGGCUAAUAUCCAGAAUAUAUAAAGAACUAAAGAAGUAAAAAGGCAACAAAUCAAUUAAUCCAAUUCAAAAAUGGGGUACAGAGCUUAACAGAGAAUUCUCAAUAGAGGAUUAUCAAAUGGCAGAGAAACACUUAAAGAAAUGCUCAAAGUUCUUAGUAAUCAGGGAAACACAAAUCAAAACGAACAGGAGCUCCACAAGGAGAGCAACAGAACCAAAACAUCUGGGCACAUACUCCAAACAAGGACCAUUUACAAAUCUUGAUGUACUGAAAACCAAUAAAAUAACUCAUUCCACACAUA